CUUAACCAAUUCGCCUCUCAAAAUGGCGGAUGAACCAACACGGGAGUGGAGCGAUGAGCAGCUCAAAAGUGACGAUUUGCCCAAAAAAGACAUUAUAAAGUUCAUUCAGGACAAUGCAGCCCACUCGUUCCUCAAUGAGCACAAGCUGCUGGGAAACAUCAAAAACGUCGCCAAAACAGCAAAGAAAGAGCAACUGAUCACUGCCUACAAUCAGCUGUUUGAGAGCAAAAGGUUUAAAGGCACAGAGCCAAUUGAAGAGGUGACCGAGCAGGUUAAAGCUGUGAAAAUUGAAGAAAUGCCCAAAGAAGUCCCGACAGAGGCUGUGGAUGAGGGUCCACCAAAGUACUUCAAGUCAGUGCUGAAGAAAGGCGACAAAACCAACUUCCCAAAGAAAGGUGACACUGUGAGCUGCUGGUACACUGGCUCCCUGGAGGAUGGGACCGUCUUCGACACCAAUAUUCCCACAACGGCGAGAAAGAAGAAGCAAUCCAAACCACUGUCCUUCAAAGCCGGCUUGGGCAGAGUCAUCAGAGGAUGGGACGAGGCCAUCCUGACGAUGAGUAAGGGUGAAACAGCUCGACUGGAGAUUGAACCAGAGUGGGCCUACGGGAAGAAGGGUCUCCCUGACUCCAAAAUUCCUCCCAACGCAAAGCUGAUCUUCGAGGUUGAGCUGGUGGCGGUGGAUUAACGGGUAACCGCUGCUCAGCAUGCACUGCAUUUCAGGGGUGGAGGGGAAAAAAAAAAUACUCAAUGGCCUUGCUGUAAAGAAUCAAGUUAAAAUGGCAUUUGGAUUUCACCUUUGUUCCUACAUUAUCUCAUUUAUCAACACGUUACAAUAAACAAUGAUAAGUUAUUACAGCAUUUUCAGUUUGGGCCAAAAUGUGAUGGCUUGUCAAUAAUGUACAUACCCUGAAACCUUAUUCUUUGCAUUAUGUUUUGUUCUUUUGCAUGUACAAUGUAAAUGAUAAAUAAACCCAUUUCAGAGACUAAA